CCGAUUCUGGAGGCGUUGAAGGACGAACAGAGUGAUCCUUUCGUCCAUGGCGGUUUCUUCUGUAUCCUCUAUCCUUUUGCCCUCUCUCGUAAUCCCAACUUCUUCUGCUUCUAACUCUAAACAAAAGAUCUCUCCCUUCUCCUUGCUUUCCUCUUCUAUCCAUGGCGGCUUCGGUUCCUGCGUCCUUAUACCCUCCUCGUCGUCAAGGGUCUUCGCUGCUCCUCAAGCCCUCGACCCAGCUCCUGAAAUCCUCGAAGAAUCCGGUUCCCAUGACUCCGAGGCUCCAAGCGUUCCUUCGAUCAGUGCAGAUGUGGAUAAGAUGGCGCCAAAGCAAAAGAUUAGGAUCAAGCUUAGGUCUUACUGGGUGCCUCUCAUCGAGGACUCAUGCAAGCAGAUACUCGAGUCGGCAAGAAAUACCAACGCAAAGACAAUGGGUCCGGUGCCAUUACCGACCAAGAAACGUAUCUACUGUGUUCUCAAGUCCCCGCACGUCCACAAGGACGCAAGGUUCCAUUUUGAAAUCAGGACCCAUCAGCGCUUGAUCGACAUUCUGCACCCUACAGCCCAAACGAUCGAUUCUUUGAUGCAACUUGAUCUUCCUGCUGGAGUAGAUGUUGAGGUGAAGCUCUGAAGGCACAGCAACGUAUGAUCGUCCCCCCAUAGGACUCACCGCAUGAACAGAAACUGUUUCAGAUCAACUGCACUGGUAAGCCGAAAUGGAACCCUGGUAUCUACCAAGAUGCGAGUGAGCCACAGCUCCUAUCAAAGCUUGAAUCUUUUUCCUUAGAAGCCGUUUGGCUCUUUGUGUGUGUGGGUUGGCCGGAACAUUUGUAUAAUAUUAUGAUAUUUAACAAAAAAGAAACAAGUGUGGAGAAUAUUAAAACCCUCAUGCCAUAUGCUUUUAAGAUAUUGGUGUGACUAAUAUUCGUUUA